AUGGUGGACUUAUUCAAAUGGUGUUUAUCCUAUUCGUAUUUUAUUGGACGCCUAACUGGCAUGGUAAACUUUGAGAUCGAUUUUAAAACGGGUCGAGCUCAAGUUACCACUCGAGCUUCAAUAAGUGCAGUCUGCUCUAACCUAGUUAUUUUCAUCAUGCUGACUGUCUAUGUGCUCAACGUACGUGAAAUAGUGAAAACUUGGGAGUUGCCGAACCGUCUUCAGGAGGACGUGCUAAUAAUUCUAUCAUUUUUUCGCAUAAUGUGCAUUUUCCUGACUUUAGCCAGUCGGUGGUGGAAACGUGAGGAAUUUAUGCAGGUCUUCGACGCGUUCUGUCGUCAGUACAGUCCGGAGAUACUCCCGUACUGCCGGAGAAGGGUCCUUUUCAAGAUUUUCUGCGCCACAAUGGUGGAUACUGUGCAUAUUGUGAUCACUAUGCUUAUGAUGCGGAAGCUGCCAACUUUUUCCAUGGUCUUUGGCACAUGGGGCCUCUUUAGCACGACAGUCAUUGUACAUGUGAUCAUUAUGCAGUACUAUAUGGCCAUGGCGAGUGUUCGGGGGCGAUAUAUCCUCCUGAACAAAGAGCUGCAAGCGCUUAUAUCAGAAACUCAAUCCCUGAAUCCCAACCUGAUGUCCCCCGAGUUCGUAAUGCUUAUUUACACUAGUCUUAUUGUACUCUACUUCGUGGAUUUCUCGAUGAACGGCUCCAAUAUAGUUGGCCUGCUGGAUAUUCACGAGGAGAUGCUCCAACUGCUAAGUCAGCGGACAUUAUUUCAACCAGGUUUGGAUCAGAGAUCGAUGGCUUCACUCUGA